AUGAGGGCGUACCAGGAGACUUUGUCAGUACAGAACUACACCAGACACCUGAGAGACAGCCUGGACCUGCUGUACCGGGAGGUGCCACGGGUGUUUGUCAAUGUCCUGGAGAUCCUGCAGAUUGAGGGGUUGCGGAGAAUCAGGAGCGACACCCUGGGCUGCUCUCUGCUGCAGAGGAACUCCUGUCCAUGUUUCCUGAUACCAGGUGAAAACUCCCUGGAGCUGAUUGAGAUCAAGAGGAUCAACCAAGAGUACCAGGAGGAGACAGAGAGGCUAGUCUCUGGGGGGCGCUAUGAUGGCAGAGAAGACUUCGCUGUGGUCACUCAGCCAUUCCUGAAGAACUCUAUCAUCCCCCUGGCAGCGGAUGGGGAGCCAGACCUGAGCUUCUUCUCGGUGGACUGUUUCCACUUCAGCGAGCGUGGCCAUGCGGAGAUGGCCAUUGGGCUGUGGAAUAACAUGCUGGAGCCAGUGGGGAGGAAGCAGAACUUCAACAACUUCACACAUGACCGGAACAAGAUCCGCUGCCCCAGCCAGGAUCAGCCCUAUUUCUUCACCAGGAUCAACAGCUUCCCCAUCCAGCCGACCACGCCUCCUGCCACCUCAACCCCGCCCACCCUGCCUCUCCAGCCAGUCAGCACCGUGCCUCUGUGGGCACCCAUAGUGACGGCUCUGGGGGGGCUGCUGAUUGGCUGGGCGGCCACAUGGCUCCUCCUCUCGAGGAGAGUGCGGCAGAGACUGGGGGAGAAGAAGAAGAAACUGGAGAUGAAGGGCACUUCCUUUUGACACCCUGUCUUGCCCAACAAGACCCCCAAAAUUAUUGUCACUCCCACCCAAUAAUAAAAGGCACACUGAGCUGAAGACUGGAA